AUGGUGGGCAAAAAGUCGGGCAAGGCCCUUCGAGAUGAAGGUCUGGAACGGACGGACAAUAAUAUGGACCUAUCGAGCUGGCCACAGAUACCGGCCAUCAAUCAAAAAAACUACUAUACCGAUUAUCUCAAGCGAGAUGACCAAUACCUCGCCUUCCGACUUCAAAAUGAAGAGGCCCGCACGAAGAUGGCCAAAACGGCCAAGGACCGCGACCGUGCUCUCGCAAUGGCGAAGUCGAAUGAAGCAGCAGAGCCAGAGGCGGAUGCAGACGGCGACGCAAACAUGGAAGAUACAGAAGAAACUCCAGCGGAAGCUGCUGGCUCUAAGGUCAUCGUCAUUCAUGUUGGAAGUCAGAACCUACGAAUCGGGCUGGCCAGUGAUGCUUUGCCAAAGAGCGUGCCGAUGGUAAUCGCAAGGAAGUCAGCCACUAACGAAAGCGAGGACAGAGAAGAGCCCAAGCCUAAGAGGUUAAAGCGGGAUGAUGGAUCUGAUGUAGAGCCAGAGAAACUUUUCGGACCAGAGUGGUCCGCCCAAUUCAGCAAGAUGUCCUCCGACUUGAAGGUGCGCAUGCGGCAAAACAAGCGUCGAAUGUUGCCCAACUCCAAGGAGAUGGUGGUGAACUACAAUCGCAGAACGGUGCCAGAGACUAUUUCGGAACACAAUGACCCCAUGCGUGUUGAGUGGACGGAGCUUGAGAGCCCGCCACCUGAGUAUAUUGUUGGGCAGCCGGCAUUAAGAUUGCCUGACUCUUCAAAACCUCGCUACAAGCUAUACUGGCCGAUCCAGAAUGGAUUAUGCAAUGAGAAGGACUAUAAUAGCAAAAUGAUGCUGUUCCUGGACAUUUCCUUAAUCCUUGAAGAUGCUAUCAAAAACCAGCUGGGCCUGACCAGCAAGAAGGACUGGCUCCAAUACUCUUGCGUGUUUGUCAUCCCGGAUCUCUAUGAGAAAUCCUAUGUCACCCAAGUGCUGGAGAUAUUAAUGCGAGAAUUUUCAUUUGCUCGAGUGUGUUUCAUCCAAGAGAGCCUGGCAGCAACCUUCGGCGCUGGAUUUACCUCUGCUUGUGUGGUCGAUAUUGGAGCUCAGAAGACCUCGAUCUGCUGUGUUGAAGAGGGCAUGUGCGUGGAGAACUCGCGAGUGAACUUGAAAAUGGGUGGCAACGAUGUGACCGACACGUUCGUCAAAAUGAUGCUACAUGACCAUUUCCCCUACUCUGAUAUCAACCUGUGGCGGAGAUAUGACUUCUUGCUUGCGGAAGAGUUGAAGAAAAAUCUCUGCACGAUGAACGAGGCCAAUGUUUCACCGCAAGUGUUUGAUUUCCAUCUUCGGGUGGCCGGCCAAGACACGGAGAAGCAUACAUUUAAGGUUUUUGACGAGGUUCAUUUGGCACCGAUGGGUUUCUUUGAACCAACAAUUUUCGACAAUGUACGCAAACUUGACGGGCGGCGGAAGCUGAUUGACCGAUCAGUUGAUAUCUAUGAUGGCCAACCGAAUGAUCCCACAUCAGCAGCCCAAUCCGAGAUCAUGACCGCUCUUGCACCUCCUCUACCCAAAGUGAACGGAGAAGCGCAGGCUACUACUUCGGAGUUACAGGCGACUCCUAGCCGGCCCCAACAUCCGGGUGCCUUGGGCCGAGUACAGGACCAGGAGGCCACUCCUCGGUCCUCCGUGGCCGGUUCUCCAGCCCCCGAAGCUACCGGAACUCCACAAGCAGGCGGAACCAGUACUCCUGCGGCCACUGCUCCAGUAGCACAGCCUGCACGUCCUGCUGUGGAAUACCGCGAUGAUAUCCUGCCUGUGUUCGCUCUGGAUAAUGCGAUCCUCACCUCGAUUGCUCAUGCCGCUCGCUCUGAUGAGAAGAAGAUGCGCGAUUUCAUUGGCGGAAUCAUGGUCGUUGGCGGUGGCAGCCUUACGAACGGCUUCCAUCUCUUUUUGGAGGAGCGACUGCAAGCUCUCCGUCCCGGCUUUGCCAAGGAAAUCAUGAUUGGAGUGCCACCGCGAGACCUGGAUCCCCAGGUGGUUGUCUGGAAGGGCGCUAGCAUUUUCGGCAAGUUGAGCGGGACCAAUGAUAGCUGGAUCGGUAAACUGGAGUACGAUCGCCUGGGGCACCGAUUGAUGGCAUAUAAGUGCAUGUGGGCCUAUUAA